AUGGCUCCCGGAGUUGGUACCACACCUGUUAACGUUGCUGAAUCAACGCUAACAUUCACUUUUCCUACGCAGACGAGACGCGCCAAUCGCAGCGGUUAUGCUGAGCACGACGACUUUGAAGGUCUCCCAGUGCGACAAUGGCGACAGGGCUGGGUGAAUGUUGCGCCGCCGCAACCACAAGAGCCCGCCCAGCAGAAUGAUAUCUGGGCAAUCGAGCUGAUUCACGGGAUGCCCAAAGACUCCGGCCUGCUGGCUCCACAUAGCCAGGAGCUCCUUCGAGCGGCUCGAUCCGGGCUACUGUACAAGCGGCCAGCAGAUGAAGACGAGCCUGAUGCUGACAUGCCUAUCCAGAGCAUGGAAAAGACGGAGAGGAGGGAAGAGGAAACCGUAUCUCAAGGGUUCUCUAUCAAACUGUGGAAGCAGAUUCCUCGCAGUAGCGAAGGCUCGACCCUGUCGCACUUGGCCAAGAGGCGCAAAGGCACCGUCACCAUUGCGAGCAGGACCGUCGAGGAGAAGACUUCCGGCCCGACUGUAACGAGAGCAACUGUGCGCAGGUUGGAUGCGGCUGGCAACCCGUACACGGAGGAGGUGACGCUGGCAGAGGGCCAGCAGGUCGUGGGGGAAAUCAUUUCGACGCGUGUUGAAGUGGCUCCAGCUCCUGCUGCCGACAAAUUGACUGCUCCCCUCCCACUGCCGCAAAGAAGGCGACCUCCGCCGCCCAAGAGGAAGCCCAAGGCCGGCCCCGGACGAGGCAAAAAGAAGCACUUGGUCAAGAACCCCUCGCUCGGCGGGGGGCUGGCUGCUGGGGCUGUCCCUACUCUAGCCGGUCCUCCUGGGACUGUCAAGACUGAGAUUGGCGGCUUUCAAGAAGGCAGCGGCACGCCCAAUCCGGAUAGCGAAAUGGCUGACGGCGACGAUGACGAUGACGAUGACGAGGGGGAUGAUGUUGAUGAGGGAGAUGAUGAGGACCAGGAAGAUGGAGAUCAUCAAGGAGACGAUGCGGACGACUCCAAGCUUCAAGAUGCAGAAAUGACGGACGCGGCAGAAGAACCCAAGCCUCCGACGCCGGGCGUACCAGUCACGGAUGGCAUCACUGCUGAAAAAGAGGCAGCGCUUCCUCCUAAUGCUCCUCCAAUCUUCACGCCCGCCCUCGCCCACCUUGCCAGCAACUCCCCAAAGGCCGAAGGCAGUCCACUGAAGAACGUGAUGCUACAAUCCCCCCCGCGGUCCCAGGUUCGACCGGUCAUGCCAACGGCAGUCGCGGAACUUCCACCUGCUUCUGCCGCCGCCCUUGAAGCCUUUGCUUCGCCUUUACCUGCACCCCUACUACCCGCUGGGGCGAACCAGCCAAUGAGCGGCGCUGUCAAGGCCGAACCCCCCAGGACAGAGUCUCUCAUCUGCGAGCCUCCGUCCACGCUCGGCGGUGACGAAGAUGACGGAUCAGUCGAUACGGACGUACCAAUGACGGAGACCCCAGCACCCGAGGACUCAGCCCUGCCCGUCAAGUCAGCCGAAGAGAGCGGCAAGGACGAAGCGCCAAUGGCACCCUCACCGAGAUUGUCGCCUCCUGCCGAUGAUGCUGCGCGAGACGACAAUCUGCUGCCCCCACCGCCAGAGUAUGUCGGCAACGUCUCGAGUCCCAAGGCAGACGAUGCUGCCGAUGCGAGCUCGGACCUGCGGGUCAAGAGCAGAGACGGCCUCGCAGCAGAUUCUUCCGCCCUUGCCGGGCGACCUCCGCUUUACCCUCGCGACUCGGUCAUGACGGAGGACACCAUCAAACCAGAAGACUCUGCAUCAGUAAGUUUUCCGCUCACGGAGCCAGACGCUCCACCAGAGGUUGAGACGGCAUCGCUUGAGGACUCGAAGGAUUCGGCGGUCGCAGUGGUCGCGCCAGCCGCAGAAGCCCCCCGAGACGGCGCAGCGCGCGCAGGCUGUCCACCCCCGGAACCCAGCCAUGAGCCGGAGGAAAACCAGCCCGGUCUGGCGAGGUGCAAGUCAGAACCAAAGACAGGUGGGCUUUCCCCGGAGGCGGCUGCACCUUGCGAGCCAGAGCCCACGGCGGCCGAUGCUCCUCGGCCUCAUGUCGAGGCAGUGUCCGCCCCGCCCGGACGACUUCCAACACCCUGUGGAGACGACGCCCUGGCAGAACCACACGACACUGUCGUGGAGGGAUCGCAGCCGGCGCAAGUGAUGCUGGCGCAAGCGCAAAGCGUACAAGGCGGACCUGCAGAGAAACCCCGAGAACCAGCAAAGGUCGAACCGGAUGAUGAGCCCAAGCGAGAAAUAAAGGAAGAGCCCACGACGGAGACGGCAGAGCAGCUCAAGCCGUCGUUUCUGGCCGAGGUUCUCUCGGAGCCCGCGGCCACUCCCAAACUCGGCGACGUCCCAGCCGAAGCUCCCUCCACGGAAGACCCGCCGGACGGCGCACGCGGGCCGUCAACCGUUUCGCCAGCUCAUCAAGUCGCGGCCACGGGUCCUGCCGCGAGCACGGCUCUGCCUCCGAUUGCGCCUCCUAUCCUGCCGCCCGUCCAGCCGUCCGUCGCGUCUCUGGCGCAGCAGCCGCCGGUCAACGAGCUGGCUCCUAUUCUCCCGCCAGCCGGGGGGGAAGAACCGAAGCAAGACCCAUCCGCCAAUGCGUAG